AUUUGACUGACGGUAUCCCGAAAUGCACUGCUGAACCUCUGCUUGCCGAGAAAGUUGAACGGCGGGUGUAUAGUGAUAUGUAGUGAUCGCUUGUCUGCGAAAAGCGUGAUUUCCUUCGGGGGCUAUGAGUAGCGUAAGAACAAUACUGGGAUAUGCAGGAAUUGUUGGCGUCAUCGGCGUAGGGGGCGCCCUGUGGUUUAUGAUGUUGCCGGGAGAAGACAGAAGGAGAGAAAUGAUGAAGAACCUGCCGGAGGCCAGCCCGAUACGGAUGGAGGAGACGCGGCAGAGAAACACGCUGCUGCUCCAGGCGAUAAAGGAGGCGGCAGAGACCAAUGAGAACGUAGCCAGACGAUUUGGACAUUCAAGGAAUGACUGAAAAAUCCAUAUAUAUGUUUAACAUACUAGAGUGUUGGGAGAAACGCGUUUUGUCGAAGUGCAACACGAGCAGAAAAGCCAGCACAAUCAAGGAUCUGUAUCUACAUACACGAAUUAAUUUAAAUGCAUUAAAACACAGCUGUAUCUGGUGCGGCCAUCAUCUAUUUCCUGUUUGUGUAUUUUGUGAAAUAUAUAGUUUUUUAUGUUAUAAAUGAGCGAAUCAUGCUUUGUCCGGAGUUUAUAAGUAUUGUCCUUUGUUGAGAGAUUUUCUGAAAUUAAAAUGCAUUGCGCAAUUUUAAUUGAA